AGGCCCAGCAGCUCAUGGGGAAAAAGGACAAACAGAAGCGAAAGAGCAGCAGUCGAAGUCGGAGUCGCAGGAAGGAGAAGAAGGAGAAAAAGAAGAAAGAAAAGAAGCUCAAAGAAGACAGAGUAAAAAAGAAGAGAAGCGAACCAAGUGAGACUUCCUCAUCAAAAGGCAGAGUGAAAGCAAAGGAUUCUGAGAGUGAAGACGAAGCUCCGAAGCCGAAACUGCAAGAGGCACGAGAGGCACAUGCGCCAUCUGCUACGCCAGCGCACACAGCGCCAUCUGGUCCAGUGGCACAGUUAGAUGUUCCACUCAUUGUCAGUGGUUGCCAGAACCAGACCAUUAGUGAAAUUGUGAAGGGCAGUUAUUUCCGCCAUGGAAGCAAUCACGGAAAGCCCGUCUACAAGAAGAAGCGGGAGGAAAACGUCCAAGAUGAUGAAGAUGAUUUGGAUGUUUUGAUUUACUUCUGGGAUGAGCGAGAUGGCGAUGAAAACUGCGGCUGGUGGUUUAGCCCCAGCGUUGGUGGCGAAAUGGUUUGGGCAUACCAUCCAAGUCGCAAGGCUACCACCCCCCCUCCAGCUGAGUGGAAUGUGCCACAUGAUGGGCCCAUUGACAAGACUUUCUCAGUGACUGCUGCCCCGGAAUUGGCCAGAAGGGCAGAGGAAGAUGAUGAAGAAGAGGAAGAAGAAGAGGAGGAGGAGGAAGACGAGGAAGUCAAGCCCAAAGCUGUUGAGGUGAAGACCGCUCCAAAGGAGCCUGAGCUGGACUUGACAGGGAUGACCCCGGAGGAACGUGAGCUAGCAAUACAAGAGGCAGAAGAUCGGCGGAUUAUGGAACAGUUGAAGCAAAGAGAGAUGGAACGAAAAAGAAAAGCCGAAGAGCUUCGACUAAAGAAGGAAGAGGAGAAGAAAGCCGUUGAAGUAGUAGAGGAGAAGAAAGUAAAGAAGCAGAAGGAUAAAGAGCAGAAAAAGAAGGCCAAAGAAGAAAAGAAGAGAAGGGAAGAAGAACGUUUGCAAAGAGAAAGAGAUGAGGAAGAUCGUCGUCUCAGGGAGGAGGAGGAGAGACGGCGAAAGAGGGAAGACGACGAGAAGCGCCGUCGAAGAGAAGAAGAAGAGAAGGAGAGAGAACGCCGAAAGCAAGAAGAGCGAGAGCGAGAAGAGCGAGAAGAGAGGCGUCGGCGAGAGCGCGAAGAAGAGGAAAGACGCCGUCGAGAAGAUGAAGAGAAACGACGCCAAGAGGAGGAAAGGCGCCGAAGAAAGGAAGAAGAAGAGCGAGUUGAGCGAGAGCGAAAAAGACGCAGAGAGGAAGAAGAUCGACGUCGUCGGGAAGAAGAGGAAGAGGAGCGGAGAAGGAAAGAAGAAGAGGAGCGACGCCGCAAGAGAGAGCUUGAGGAAGAAGAGGAACGGAAAAGACGUCGCCUUGAAGAAAAAGAGGAAGCAGAACGGGCACGUCGGAAAGAAGCAGAACGACAAAAGAAGGAGGAGGAACGCCGAAAGCACGAAGAGAAAAUGCAGCGAAAGUUGGAAGAACGUCGCAGGC